AUGUUCGUGGAAUACAUCACUACCAGAAGUCCUGAGAUUUCGUGCAAAACGUUGUCGUCCGGAAUGCGCCGGAACGAUUUAACUGAGAAAAUAUGUGAGGGAUCCUUGGUACCACCCGAAGACCCCGACAUGUGCCAGAAAUAUCAGCCGUACGGCAAAGAUGUGCAUGUUCUAAUUGAGUCAAGGCCGCCAUGGAGUGAAAAUGUUCGUGCUGAUGAUGCGACGCCAUGCAAAGUUUCGGACUCUGAAUCAGAUGUGAGGAAUGGCAAUUACGUGUCGGAACGAGUCGACGGGAUUCAACAGCGGUUCAUUAGUUCGCCCCACAGCAAAGCGAGUGAAUCGAAACCGACGGAGAAGAAGAAAGUCUUUGGAAGCAUACUGCUGGAUCGUCGGAAGUCUCCGGCAAAGAAACUUCGUCGAGGCAAAUUCGGAUUUUCGACCGUUGGCAGAGUUGCCUUGGCCCGUUUCCGAUUCAAGAGAGCCUCUGUGUCCCGAGAAAGUCUUCGCAAGUGGGGCUUGAUUUGUGGAUUAUUUCCACUCAUCAAGGAAUCUCAUCCUUCAGUCACGUCAUCAUCGUCGCAAAUUGCACGAGCACCAAAGUUGAAAUCCACGUGGAAAUGUGUUCAUAUUUUUUACGGACUCGGAGUCAUUGGUAUUACGUGCUACCUGUGCGUUCGAGCUAUUUUGCAAUGGAAAGAUCCCGGAAUGGAAUGUUUCGAGGAUCUCGGGAAUAACCUCAGCAUCCAAUCAGCGACGACGAAAUUCGACAGAUACGUUCACGCAUCCACUGAACUUCUAGCGGUGCCGAGUGCGCUGUUGACUAUGAUUUGCUUCGCACUCCAUUACAAGAACAUGGAAGAAUACUUCAACAAGUGGCAGAAAUUCGAGAUGAGUCGACACUUCAUCGCCUCCGCCAUGGAGACAUUCGCAAAACGAGCAUUAGUCGUUUCGUACUGUCUCGGCAUGGUGGUUUUAUUUGCGUUUACUUGCCUAUUCAUGACAAAAUUUGCCACGGAUCCGGUGACCGGAUGCGAGCGACGAGAAGCCUGGGACAUAAUUUGUGCCGCAGUGAGGAAUGCGAUCCGGGUUUUCGGGGCACACUUUGUAGACGCGUUUUUCCUAUACCUGACACUGAGUGUCGCUGCUUCAUUCGAUGCCCUGAAGGCGGAAAUCGUGCGAGAGUUCCACUGUGAAAACGGUGGAAAUUUGGGCUUGUUGAUGCGUCGGAUCGGACGAGCCAGAAUGGCUUACUUGAAGCUUUGCGAGUUUGUGGAGCUGAUUGAGGAGCUUUUCACGCCCCAGCUCUUGUUCACCGUCAUUUUUCUGACAUUUUUCUGCAUCGCUUAUUUGUAUUUGACGGUGAUUUUGGCGUCGUUUGGCGGAUCAGCCAUGGAAGUUGUGGCAUACCUUUUCAUCUUUGCGGAAGUCACGACUCGUCUCAUUGUCUGUGCAUCGGCUGGUCAUCUCAUGUGUUCUAAGUCAGAAGAAAUACAGAAAAUACUUCAGCAGUUGGACAGCACCUCUUGGCCGAAGCCAGCGCAGAAACAAUUGCAGCUUUUUGUCAUAGCAACGAUCUCAAUCGGAACCCCGGAUAUUUCAGCUUCUGGGUUCUUUUCAAUGCGACGACCCCUGUGCACUUCGAUGGCGAUAGUGUCAAGUCAUAGCCGCCUGCAUGUCAUGCCUGGUGUGUUUACGAUGGUUGACGUCUUUCCGUCGUUCCAAGUGUUCAAUGACUGUCGCGAUCACCACUUGGAGCAGACGACGAGUCUUCUGACCAUGGAAGACAUCAAGCCAAAUGUGGAAGACGAUGUGCCUCUGAAUGAGGAUGUUGCCGAACCCUUGGAUGAGACGUCCUCUGCAAAUCCAUCUGUAGAAAGGGAGAAUGAACCCGACAAAGGAAAGGAUCAGAAUUCUCUCAUGGAUACAUCAGAGCAUGAAGCAUCUGAUACCGAAGAAGUCGAACAUUGUGAUGAGAAAGACGAGGAAUUAAUGGAAUCUGACGUCAAGCCAGAGGUACCUGAGGCAUCACUGGGCGUAGCUGAAGAUGUGAAAGCUUCUCUUGAUGUGCAAGAUGUAAAAACUCCUCUUGAUGUGCAAGAUGUAAAAACUCCUCUUGAUGUGGAAGAUGUUGUGGAACCCCUUCUGGAAGACGCAAAAAUGGAAGUGCUGAAGUCUCCCAUGUGUCCGGAAGAUGAGGCAUUAUGGCAAGAAAUAUUACUUGACUCUGAACUGACGACCGGCGAUGAAAUGGAUUUGACGAAGACAUUGCAUCCACUUGCGUAUUACCUGACAAAUCCGGAAGAACUAUUGAAUCAGCUGUUCGUCACAGUUAAAGGCGCUCUCUAUUCCGCAAUAAUGCCGUCUUACUUGAAGGACAUCAAAGAAGACGAUAUAAAGAGCAUCUUCCUUUCCGAGUUGAAAUUGAUGGACCCUGAAGAACUUCGCAAAGUUAUUCGCGGCGGGGAUUUCAUCAUCACUCCGGACUUACUUCCGGCAAAUCCACGGCAAGUUAUUUUGGAAAAACCUGAAGAAACCGUUGAUUCCGCAUUGAUUGAACAAAGCAAAGUCAAAGCAGUGAUGAACAACGACGAUGACGGGUUCAAGCCUUACCCAAAGAAGCAACCAGAGGAAGGCAAAGAAAGUGAGCCAAUUUUCGACACUCCUCUGGAAAAGAAACCAGUGGUUACUCCUGGGACAAUAACCCCAAAAAUUGAACCAGCUGAGAGCCCUUCAUUUUUUGUUGGCACCGAUGAUGAUGAGAAACGGAAGCUAGAAGAAGCCCUUGCUGAGCUUGAAGCCAAAGAAGCCGAGGCUGAAAAAUGUGAGCCUUUUGAUGAUGAGGAUUCUGUAGACUCCAUGGAGUCUCGUAAGCAAGCCUUGGAGGCCGAGGUCGUGCAAACUGUGCAGACUCUAACCAAAAGAUUGGACGAGCUUGAUAAUGAUGCCGAAAGUUUGCAAGUGGAGGGUUACAAGGACUUACUGGCUGCAGAUGCGAAGGAUGCGUCAACGAGGCUGGAAAGGAUUGAGAAAAGCUUGGCCGAGACGCAGGACGAAAUUGAACGCAUUCGAUCAAGUACUCAGGCUCAGAUUGAUGCUGGUGUUCGAAUGAUGAACUUGAACCCCAAGUUCGUCAUCUACAUCAAAGACAUCCAGGAACUAGUUGCCCGCGGCCGAACUUUGAAUCGUUUGUUGGGACCAAUGCGAGCAGAAGCUGAUAGAGCGCUUGGUGGCUUGCCUGAAGUUGCUGCGAAACUAGCCCCCGAAAACAAUUCGAAUUUCAGCGGAUCUGGGUUCGGAACGAUGCCCAAAUUCCAACCUUUGAAUUCGUUUGUCCCAGUGAAUUCCGAGCCUUCGGAGAAAAAACCUGCCACUGGAGCUGAAGCAGUGUUUGACACAGAACAGGGGCAGGAAGGGCGAGAGCGAUUGACUUGGAGUGCUCGUUGGGUGUCGAGUGAACGGGUUCAGCGAGUGUUGACUCACAGCAAAGUGUUCAGUAAGAUGCGUCAGAAAAUGGGCGGCAAGAAGGCUUCUGAGUCUGCUCAAGACGGAUCGGGUGCCAUCGCCACUGGCGCAUCUGCCACAUUGGAAUCCACUGCGUCUCCAAGCGUCAUCACCAGCAUUGAAGAAUACAGGAAAUUUUUCAAGGCUUCCGAAGAGAACAAACCCGCAUUCAAAUUCGACACAAAUCAACUCAGUUCUCUAGCGGACCAAGUGAAACAAGUGCUGGACUCUGGGAACAAAGACCGAGGCGAAGGAAUUGCUCCUCCAGGUGUCCCACCUCCGGGUUGGCCACCUGGCCCACCUCCAGAAGGCUUUUUCCCUCCUCCGAGAUUUGCGCAGCCCGCGGGAGAGAUGCAACCACAACCGCCGUUUGUGUCGGGUGUGCCGCCCCCGCCAUUCCCUCCGCCUGCGCGACCGCCGUUCAUGGACAUUCCACCACCGUGGAUGCCGCCACCUGGUGAACCCCCACAGAUACCGCCGCCGGGGGUUCCACCACCUGGCACAGUUGGACCACCGCCUCCUGGCUGGGGUGGUCCGAUGCCGCCGCCGCAGAUGUUCUCGCAACCGCCACCAAUGCAACCUGGAGGCGCUUUGCCCUGGCAGCAGCAGCAUCUGCCGCCGCCGCAUUGGCAACAGCCGCCACCGCAAGGAAUGAUGGAUCCGUCGCAGCAAGGUGCCCGACAUUGGCCGCCACUUCGACCCGAAGACUACAAUCAACAACCGUAUCCCAACUUCGCAAAUCCUCCGGAUAUUUCGCAACUCAAUCUCCCAGGUUCUCCGUUGUCUACGUCCAGUGACGAGGAUGAAGACUCGAGGAAGAAACACAAGAAAAAGCACAAGAAGGAGAAGAAGAAGCGGAAAAAGGAGAAGAAGGAGAAGAAACGGGCCAAAAAGAUGAAAGAAGAACCGGAAGAAGACAUUGAGGAUGAAGUUCCUUCUCCUCGAGAAAUUGAUGCUGCCCCUUGUGAGGAAGGGGAAAUCCGAGAUGAUGAGGAUAAUUUGUGGUCAAAAAUUAUUAGCAAUUGAACUUGGGAGGACAUUUUGAAGAAAACUCUCAUGUUGAACCGAAUUGUCCUCGAAUUUUGAUCUACGCAUGGAGGUUCUCCCGGGUGGGCCUAAUAAAUCGACUUUCCGUUGCAAGUUCA